AUGAGCGUACGCGUCGUCGCGAGGAUACGUCCUCUUCUGAAACAGGAGCUCGACAAAGACACCAUUGUCACCGCAGAGACAUUGGACGGCGAGACUACCCCGGCCGUCGUACGGAUACCGAGUCCCAAGAACGAGGCCGAGUCCUUCAGCUUCCAAUUCAGCUCUGUGUACGAGCAGGACGCGACACAGCAGCAGCUUUUUGACGCCGAGAUCGCGCCGACGGUGAAGCAUCUCUUCAAUGGCUUUGAUCUAUCCAUCUUUGCGCAUGGCUGUACCGGCACCGGCAAGACACAUACGAUGCGAGGAGGGAAGUCGCUGGCAGACCGCGGUGUCAUCCCAAGGCUGUUGAGCUCAAUAUACCGGCGAUGCAAGAAGAUCGAGAAAGACACGGCCGGUGCCACACAAGUCGAGGUUGCUCUGGAGUACUUCGAGAUCUACUGCGAUCGCGUCUACGAUCUGUUCGAACCCCCGGAGAAGCGCACCCCGUCUGGUCUGCCCAUCAGAGACAACCACGGCAAGACUGUCGUCGUUGGUCUUAUCGAGAAGCCAUGCACAACACUGAAGGAGUUUGAGCAGCUUUACGAUCAAGCCAACAUGAACAGGUCCACCUCUGCUACCAAGCUCAACGCACACUCCUCCCGGUCGCAUGCCGUCCUCUGUGUAAAGAUCACGCAAACCACCGAAGAAAGUGUUCGCGUCAGCCGAGUAUCUUGCAUUGAUCUUGCAGGAUCCGAAGACAACAGACGAACCGAAAACAACAAAGAGCGCCUCGUCGAGAGUUCGGCCAUCAACAAGUCGCUGUUCGUGCUUGCACAAUGCGUCGAAGCCAUGAACAAGAAAGCCAGCCGGAUUCCAUACCGCGAGUCCAAGAUGACGCGAAUCUUGUCCCUAGGUCAGAAUAAGGGCUUGACUGUCAUGAUUCUGAACCUUGCCCCAACCCGCGCAUACCAUCUCGACACAAUCAGUUCUCUAAACUUCGCUAGCCGGACGAAGAAGAUCGAGGUCGCAGAGGUGGAAAACGACCCAAUGUACAAGACGGCAGUUAAGCCAUUGGCGACAACCACGAGCCUUGGUGGAGCAACCAUGGCACGGCAACCGCUCAGAUCGCUCGCGGCCAAAGCCAAUGCGAACAUCCCAGAGCCAGAGAAGCAGAAGAAAGGGGAAAAGCCUAUCAAGGCCUUCUCUGUGUACUCUGAUUCUCACAAAGCUGCUCCUCGUGUGACUAACCUUGCACAAAACCAAGGAGUACGGAGAACAGAGGGUUCCAAGCGAGCAGCUGAACCUAGCACCACCUUUGCGACCCGACCGACAAAGGCAUUCCGAACUGGGGAUAACACCUCACGGAUACCGAGUAAAGAGCCUGCCCUGACAAAAGCCUCGAUUGAAGCUCUCAUCGCACAGAAGGUGGACGAGGCUCUAGCAGCCAAGGCGUUGCAAGAUGCUGGCACAGCUGCGCCAGCGCUUUCUGCAGAGCUGCAGAAGCGUUUGGAUGAGCUCGAGCACCGCAUCGAUGCACACGAAGAGGAUGGAAAGUCGCAGGGCUUGCAGUUCCUGCUAAUGGCCAAGCAACACCACAUGCGUGGAGAAGAUACCAGUGCACUGAGAAUGUACCAACUGGCACAGCCGUUUUUCCCUGGCAACGCAAAGCUAGAGUCCAAGAUGAAAACACUCGAAGACCGAAUACGCGCCAAACGGGAGGAAAGCAUCAAGCACGUCUCUGCUCCCGUUGAACUCCCGUCGCACACUGCAGCCCCCGUCACAAACGUUCUCAUGGCCCCCCUGAAAGCUGAAAAGAAGACCCCAAAGCCUAGGAUAGUCUACAGAGAUGAGUCCGAAGAUGACGAUGAAUUUGCUCCCCCGCCGCCCUCUGACCACGAAGAAUCCUACGCCUCCGACACUAGCUUCCAACACACCAGCAAACCCAAAGUCACCCGCAAGCCAAAGAAGACUACCAAGAAACUGCCCAUAUUCCGUGACGACGCCGCUGCUACUGCUACCAUCGAUCUACCUGUCCAUUCCGCCGCUCAACAAACACCUCGCACUUCGCACCUUCUUAAGAUUAUCAACUCACGAGACGUCAACCAGAUCAAAGCGCUAAAGGGUGUGGGUGCAAAGAAAGCGGAUAACAUCGUAAACUGCCUGGUCGAAAUGGAUGAUGCGGAAAUUAUGGAUCUGGAAUCGCUGGCUAUGCUUAAAGGUGUUGGAGGCAAGACGGUGGAUAACAUGAGGAUGGGGUUGAGCCUUAAUACUAGUUACGAUUUCUGA